GCCUCAUUCCGUAAUCAGAGGGCUCAGUCAAUCCCAACCUUAUACUUACUUUCCCAUAUAACCCAUUUUCGCCAUCCAGUGUCUCACAGGAAUACCUGAAAGUUUUUGAACUCAAAAAGAAACGGUUGUUAUGGGGUCUUCAGUGGUUUCGGAGCUGGAAGGGACUCUUUUGAAAGAUACGAAUCCGUUUUGUUAUUUCAUGUUGGUGGCGUUUGAGGCGUCUGGUUUGGUUCGUUUUGCCUUGUUGUUGGCGUUAUGGCCGGUGAUCCGGUUGUUUGAGGUGUUGGGGUAUGGGGAUGUUGGGCUUAAGUUGAUGAUAUUUGUUGCCACGGUGGGUGUGAGGGAGUCGGAGAUUGAGUCGGUGGCGAGAGCGGUGUUGCCUAAGUUUUAUAUGGGUGAUAUUGACAUGGGUACGUGGAGGGUGUUUAGCUCGUAUGAAAGGAGAGUUGUUGUGACUAGGAUGCCUAGGAUCAUGGUGGAGAUGUUUGUGAAGGAGCAUCUGCGGGCCGAUGAGGUGGUCGGAAGUGAGCUUGUCGUGAACCGGUUUGGAUACGCAAUCGGUUUGCUUGAAGGUGACAUGAAUUCAAUCUCUUGUCGAGUUGCUAAAUUGUUUGUGGAUGGAAGCCCUAGUUUAGGACUAGGAAGGCCGAGAUCGAAUUCUCAUUUCUUAUCUCUUUGCAAGGAAGAAUUGCACCCACCAUUCCACACGGAUCAAAAACACAGUGAUCACCAGAUCAUCCGCCCACUGCCGGUGAUCUUUCAUGACGGCCGCCUUGUGAAGCGUCCAACCCCCUCAACCGCUCUCUUAAUCCUACUAUGGAUGCCAUUGGGCAUUAUAAUCGCAGCAAUCCGCAUUUUUGUUGGUCUCAUGCUACCAAUGCGUGUCAUUCCUUACAUGUCGCAUUUAUUUGGUGGCAAAAUCAUUGUAAAGGGCAAACCACCACCGCCAGUCUCAAGUGGCAACAAUGGUGUCCUUUAUGUUUGCACUCACAGAACCCUGAUGGAUCCGGUGGUCUUAUCUACGGUGCUCCGACGUAAAAUCCCCGCCGUCACCUAUUCCAUCUCGCGACUCUCGGAGAUCCUAUCUCCAAUCCCAACCGUCAGAUUAACAAGGAUUCGUGAAGUUGACGCUGAAAGGAUCCAGAGAGAAUUAUCCAAAGGUGAUCUAGUUGUAUGUCCAGAGGGAACAACAUGUAGAGAGCCGUUUCUCUUGAGAUUCAGUGCCCUAUUUGCAGAACUCACCGAUCGAAUUGUUCCAGUAGCCAUGAACUACAGGGUAGGUUUCUUCCAUGCCACCACCGCUAGGGGCUGGAAAGGUUUGGACCCCAUCUUCUUCUUCAUGAACCCUAGACCAAUCUACGAGGUCACCUUCUUGAACCAAUUGCCGGCUGAAGCAACCUGCUCGUCCGGCAAAAGUCCCCAUGACGUGGCGAAUUAUGUUCAGAGGAUCUUGGCAGCCACAUUAGGAUUUGAAUGCACCAACUUCACUAGGAAGGACAAGUACAGGGUUUUGGCGGGGAAUGACGGAACGGUGUCGUAUAUAUCUAUAGUUGACCAGGUCAAGAAAGUGGUGAGCACAUUCAAGCCGUUUUUUCAUUAGUGAGGUGAUUUUAUGGGAAUAAUUGAAAGUCGGUUUUCUUAAAUUGGGUUGAUUAAUUCCUUGUUAAUAAAUUUAUUUUGGUCUUGGGUUUGUUUUUAUGACUUUUGCCGUUGUACAUGGCGAGCUUAUCUGUAUUCUUUCUUCUUUCAUUUUAAAUCAAAGGAAUAAUUAUUU